AUGUCCGUUGAAAAUUCUAUAAAAGCAGCAAGUGUUUAUUGCUGUAAUUAUUCCCUGUUAGAUAUUUUGAGUACUUCAAGAAGAGCCGCCGCUUCAGAAAAGACCUGCUGUGAGGAAACUCAUGUUAGUUGCAUGUUCGGAGCAGCUGCUACUGCUGUGCACUCCUUGCUAGCGCAAUUAGCAGCACUACGCAAUCGAAGGGCCACUGAGAAUCUGGAAUGGACCUGCGAAGUUUGUUGCCGUGAAACUCCAAGGCAAAGGUCAUUUGUCAUACAAGAGGAGGAAGAGGAAGACGACGAGGAACUAUUAUUAACACAGGGAACUGACAGCGGAUCCAACGCGAUGAAAAAGUUACUAAGCGACAUAUCAUUCGAGGUUAAAAAAGCAGUAAAGAAAGAAAUAGGCUCAGUAAAUGAAGCGCUCAGCUCUUGUUGUCAAAAAAUGGAUGGAAUAAUGGACACUUUAGUGACGAUUAGCGGAAAAAUAAAAGAACUGGAAAACAAGAAUACAUAUUUAACAAACCAAAAUAAACAUCUAGAGCUGAAAAUCGAUGCUAUGGAAUAA